UCAGACAUGGCUUCCCACAUCAGCCGACAGCAGUGGCAUUUGAUCCAGUUCAAAGGCUCCUUGCUAUUGGUACCAAAUCAGGAUCCCUUAGAAUUCUCGGUCGACCAGGGGUAGAUGCACAUGUAAAACACGAGGGGUGUACAGCUGUGAUACAGUUACAAUUUUUGAUCAACGAAGGAGCUUUGGUUUCCGCCACUGCAGAUGAUACUUUACAUCUAUGGAAUUUCCGGCAAAAAAUACCACAGGUUGUGCAGAGUCUCAAGUUUCAAAGAGAAAGAAUAACGUGCAUCCACCUGCCGCUACAAAGUAAAUGGCUAUACGUUGGUACAGAACGAGGAAACAUUCAUGUACUGCAUAUCGAGACGUUUGUCUUGUCUGGAUAUGUAAUUAAUUGGAAUAAGGCUAUCGAAGUAUCUAGAAAGACCCAUCCUGGUGCUGUAGUACACUUGAGUGAUAACCCUUUAGAUUUGAGCAAGAUGCUGAUAGGAUACGAAUCGGGUCAGAUAGUGUUUUGGGAUUUAAAAACAAAAAAUGCGGAUUACAGAUGCCACAGCGACGUACCCUUAAGAUCGAUAUCUUGGCAUCACGAGGGUAAACAGUUUAUGUGUAGUCACACCGAUGGUUCUCUGUCAACAUGGACAGUACGUCAAGUGAAAGCAACAAGUGUUACGCAUCCCCACGCAAAAACUACUAAAGAUGGCGAACCAGAACCGUGUAAACCUAUUCAAAAAGUCGAGUGGAAACUUUCCAGAUCGGGGGAAGCAUACGUUAUAUUUUCUGGUGGUUUAGCGUAUGAUACGACUGGACGAACUCCAAGCAUAACGGUCAUACACGGGAAAACCACUACUGUAUUAGAAAUGGAGCACAAUGUGAUAGACUUCAUAACACUAUGUGAAAGUCCAUGGACCAGUGAUUACCAAGAUCCAUAUGCUGUUGUCGUUCUACUACAAAACGAUUUGGUUGUGAUAGAUUUGUUAACUCCUGGAUUUCCGUGUUUCGAGAAUCCAUACCCAAUGGAUAUACACGAAUCUCCCGUGACAUGUUGUGCAUACUUUGCAGACUGUCCUUCGGAUCUAGUACCUGCUUUUUAUUCAGUUGGAUCGAAAUCACAAAAAAAGACAGGGUUCAGUGAAAAGGAUUGGCCGAUAUCCGGCGGUGAAUGGAGUUCGAGCUCAAGUAGUUAUAACGAAAUUAUUGUAACUGGGCAUGCUGACGGUAGUAUAAAAUUUUGGGACGCAUCCGCAGGCACUUUACAAGUUCUUUACAAAUUGAAGACAGCAAAACUUUUUGAAAAAGGUAGAACGCGUAGUAUAGACUCCGAAGAAGAUCCGUUGGCGAUACAACUCAUCUUCCUUUGCCCCGAAAGUCGGAAAUUAGCGAUCGCGGGAAGCGGAAGACACGUUGUUUUAUUCAAAUUCAAAAAAUUAGAGAGUAUGUCUGAAGUAGUGACUUUGGAGAUAUCAUUGACAGCAGAUGUAGGGAAAGAGGUGGAAUGCUCGCCCGAUCACGAUUCCCCGGCUGGCAAUACUUCAGGAAGUAGCGAAACCAAAAAUACGGAAGGAAAUCAAGGGCUUAAAGUUAAGAGUGGUUUGCAGAAGAGAGCUGCAGGCUUUCAAGCAACGCUUAUCUGUUUAACGGUUGGUGCCAGUGGAGAACAACCCGAAAAUAUAACAGCUCUUAGUUUGAAUUCUUCCUAUGGCUUAAUGGCGUAUGGGAACGAAUCCGGUUUGGUGAUAAUAGACAUCGUGCAGAAAAUUUCUUUGGUUGUGAUAAAUACAGCGGAUAUCGGUGGUAGUACGGAUCCCUGUCAACGUGCGCUACGCAGUCCUAAACGUCAAGAUGACUCGAAACGAGAAAACGAAGAUAAAGCAAGGAGUCCUAGCACAGAUCAGACUCAUCGAGACUCUACUGUGGCAUCCGAAGCCUUAUUAACAAUGGUAGCCGACAAUUCUCAACAAUGUCCAGCUCGCGAUGAAUUCCAUGCUGGAAACAAUAGCGAAAAAGGAACCGCGGAGGAAUCCGUGAGCGAAAAUCCUAAGCCUGGAAAUGCAGUGGACGAAGAAGAUUCCGCAAAAAACCACGGCUGGAAAGGAUUUAACCUGAAGAGGCAACUUAGCAAGGUUGAUCUGAAAAUAAAGAGUACUUUCACGCCAACAUUGGUGACGUCUCAAAAUGGGGUAGGCACUGAUAGUAGCGGUCAGAAAGCUUCCGUAUUUUACUGUAAUGUCAACGAAUCCGCGAAUUCGUUAUCUCCAGUCGAAAGUGUCGAAGACGAGUCUUCGCUGUCGUCCGAAGGUUCGAUAUCAGGCCGUGAAAGUCCAUUGAACGAUGAUAAGAAAAGGCAUAGUCAGGAUGUAAAGAGCCCGAUGAUCGAAGGAGACGUUAAUAGACAGUUACGAUCCCAUAACGACAACGUGAUCGGAAAAUCGGAUGCUGUGCGACCCAUUAAUUUAACCCUGUCCGAGAACGAAUUGAAACCGCCACGGCUGAAGAAAAUUGUGAAGAUGAAACAAGUGAAAAGAGAGGGUCGUUUGUUGUCAGUGCCAAAUUUAAAGUUUGCGAAAAACGAUCCAACGGUUUGUGACCUAAGGUGCGAAGAGAACACGGCCCCCGAAUCCUUCACCUGCAAUCUGAUAAGAAGAUUCAGUCGGGUAGACAAAUAUGACAGUUCGUUUCAACGAUCAAGAAGCUCGAGUAUGUCGUCGCUUGAGAACAUCACCACAGAAACCAUCAGCUGCCUUACAUUCGCAGAUUCCUACACGAGAAAAAGUGAUACCAGUCCCGUACCAACACUGUGGAUCGGUACAUCAUUAGGAUCUAUACAAACGGUGAUUUUUAAUACACCUGUUCGUGGAGAACGACACGUUCAACCGGUUGUUGUUUCUUCAUGCAAUGGAUCUACUUUUAAAUUAAAGGGCUCUAUUAUAUUGAUGUCCUUCUUAGAUUGUAACGGUGCCCUUAUUCCAUGCUCUUACGAAUCCUGGAAAGAUGAGACUGUGGAGGGCAAAGAUCGAAAUAAGAGCCAAGGUAAAUGUACAAAUAGUCGGAUGUCUCCUUCGUUGAACACGCAAGUAACUACCGGAGACGGAUUCGAAGAUCGUCAAUUUGUUGUAUUAACAUCUGAAAAGCAGGCGAGGGUUUUAGCGUUACCAUCGCAGAAUUGUCUAUACAGGCAACAACUAGCUGAAACUCAUAUUGUCAUCAAAUCAGAGAUUACUUCUAUAAAAGACAAUGUUUGCCUCGUGUGCUACGUUUCAAAUGGACAUAUAGCUACGUACAGUCUACCAAGCCUGAGGCCACUAAUAGACGUCGAUUUCUUACCUCUUAUAGAUUUGAGUUUUCAGACUACAAAACAUGGCAUUGUAGACCCCAUGUUGUCCAUAUGGGGUCAUCAACUCUUUGUUAAUGGCGAUACCGAUCAAAUUGCAAAAACCCUCGGCUUCAGCAAUAGAGGCCACGGUCUAUACCUCUCAUCGCCCACUGAGAUUCAAAAGUUUUCCGUAUCCAGCCAAUUUUGUGCGGAAUUAACUGAAAUGAUGGGAGACUUAUUCAUUGGUCAUGAUAUGCCUGAACCACCUAAAGAAAGUUUCUUCAAGGGCCUCUUCGGCGGAGGAUCACGAAGUCUGGACAGAGAAGAGUUAUUCGGUGAGUCUAGUGGGCGAGCUUCUCGUACGGUUGCAAAACAUAUACCAGGACCGAACGCUGGUACGGAGGCUCUUCGAGAACGCGUGACAACCGCCACAGGAGAAGUGGCGAUGGCCCAUCAAAUGGUUAUGGAGCGUGGUGAGAAGCUGUCACAACUGGAGGAACGGACAGCGCGCAUGAUGACGGAAGCGGAAGGUUUCUCUCAGUCUGCUCACGGAUUGAUGCUCAAGUACAAAGACAAGAAAUGGUACCAGCUAUGAGAAUAUAGCUCGAGUUGUAUCCAAAUUUGGAUCUGCGUACGAUUAUAUGAUAAUUUAGCGUUCACAUGUCAUGUAUGAGUUCUGUCGUACUAAAAACCAAAAAAGAAAAAAAUAGGAUGAAAUCGAAAAAUUGAACAUAUUGUGAACUUUGUACGCACACACCGGAAACAUAUUACACGGAACAAAAGAGUGAAAUAUGUGUAUGCGUUGGUAAGAAAGAUGGCUGGGAGGAGGGUCGAAAGAUAUAAAGGAAACAUAUUCAUGCGAUACUUGUACAACCAGGUAAUACACACGCACAUUUUUCAGCGAAGAAUAUAGGAAAAGUCAUAUACACGUAUAAACACAAAUAAGAUUAAGUAUAUAUAUAUAUACACAUACAUAUAUAUAUACACAUGCGCGAUCUCUCAGAAUGAUUAAUAAUCUAUAUACAUACAUAUAGACCGAGUAAAUAUAUGGUAUAUACGUUACGUAUAAACCAACUGAGCAGAUAAAACGGAAGGAAAGUGGGAUGGCUGCGAUUAAAAUUAAAUAAAUUAUUAGUGGAUAUAAUAACAUAAGGUUUAAGAAGUAAGUAUUUACGCAAGAAUAAGAAAAUGAUUCUACUACGUGCGAGUCAAUAGAUAUGACUAUGUGACAAUUCGCGUUCUAAUCUACGACUCUGGUAAAUAUAUUCGGAUACUCUGUAACACAGAAAUGCUGAAGCAGAAUGAUACUUUGUCUUCAUUUGUACUUAGUUAAAAAAGAAGAAUAUAAUAAUUAAAGCACGUACAAGGGCAAACAUUGUUCGAACGAUACAAACCAAAAUUACAGAGCGAAGUUGAUGAUGUGGAGACGUUUAUUGUGAAUGCAUUUUGACGUAAUUAAUUAAUAACGUAUUGAUAAACGUAUUUAAUUAAUUACGUAAUAACCAAAAAAAAAAUUAAUCGAUUGGGAUAAUAGCACAGUGAAUGAACGUUGAAGGCAGUAAAAUAUAUAAUUUAUCCACGAUGCUGGACCAUCUGGACUUAUAUUCCAAUAUAUAAUCCUACCGUACCGUCACAUCGUUGAUAAAACAUAUAUUAGUUGUUAUUAAUUGUAGUUAUCGCUAGAUAUGCUAUGUAUAUAAAAUAACAAGUGCAGUAGGAAAUAUUAUACAUCAAAAAAAGAGCAGUUUGUAUAAUAACGUGUUGUAAGUUGCGCUACUUCAGCGUCAAUGAUGAAUUCAUUUGAAUUUAUGAUAUAUAUAUAUAUCUAUACAUAUAUAUAUAUAUAUACAUAUACAUAUACAUAUACAUAUAUAUAUAUAUAUCGAUCGGAAUAAAGAAGUACUACUAUAAUUUUUAAAAUUAUAUGUAGAUUAGAUUAUGGAAAGACAAUAUAUCUAAUAAGUUCACUUGAAUUUAUUGAGACCCUGAAUUACCGUACUGCUUCCAUAGCAAUAACUCUAUAGUUGAUGUUAAUGGUACUAAUCACCUACAUAAAACUAUAUUAUAAUUUGCCCCGCAAACAAUUGCAAUUCCUUUUUGCUUCUGAGUAUCAUUUUCCUUGGACAAUAUACACAGGUAUAGUUUUCUUCGUAUACAUUUAAACGCCGCUAUAAUUAUUGUCAGUAAAUAUAUUUACCGUUCUCGAUAUAUUGAAACAUGGUCGAAAAGCUAUUUUAAUUUCAGAAUCUCGAGAUAAUUGCAUAAGAAAACCAACAUGUGAUUCUACACUUUCAUUAUUCGUUUUACUUAAACAACAACUUUUUUGACGAUGUCUUUUAUCGUCUUACUCGCAAGCGAGUUCUUCAAGUGUAAGUCCGACUUCUUAACUGGGAUUUACACAGCGAUGGAGCAAGAACUACCGAAGUCAUUUAUUACAGUUCAGUGGGCGGAGAGUUAAUAGUUUCUGAAAUAUUUAAUAUUAAAGUGUUGACGAUCACUUAUCUGCUAAAACACAACUUUCAAGUGAGAAUACAAUACGAAACUACAGUGUACUGUAAUCUAAAAUACAAAUUUACUUUCUUUCUAAAUAUCUCGCAAAGUACUAACAAUCUGCUCACCAAACCAUAAUUAUUGACUUCGGUAUUUCACGCUCCACCAUUGCCAACAAUUAAAAAACCAGACUUACACUUGGAGAAUUUCCCUUGUAAAUGGUCUUCAAAACUCAGAAACUUUAUAUGCGGGGUUUUCUGACAUGAUAAAAAAAAAGCAAAAAAUAUUAAACGAUGGUUACAUUAAAAUAAGCAUAGAAGCGUGUUAAUAACCAAUAAGCAAAAGGGAGGAGCCAAUACAUAACAGAAAUAAAAAUAUUUGUCUCGGGACUUUUGUGAAAAUGAAAAAGUUGUUUAUUGCUCUAACAAUAGAAUAGUAAAUGUACGAUAGUUGCAGACAAAGAACAGCAAAAUACGUUAUUAUCUAAGUGUUUGAUAAUAUAACAUAUUCUAACACUUGUUGUAUAAAAACUACUGUUUAGAUAAUUUUGAAUUAUUUAUGUCAGCAAACAGGUUGAAAUGUGUUUGAAUAUAAUUUAUUAUAAUAAAACACGAUUUGAAAUGAAAAAGGAAUAAUAUAACAAACAAACAAAGAUAAGUAUUAAUCGGAAUUCCUAUUUAACCUUGAUCUACGUUCGUUAUGUUAUAAAAACUUGUAAUAUCUGUUAAUUAUUUAUAUCCGCAAUAUGGAUUUUCUGCAAGGCUAGAUUUUUUCGAUUAUCAAAUAACUAUAUAACUUAAGAUAAUGAGGCUUUCAUGUCCCGGUUCUUCAUGGUUGAUAGUAACCGAGGCUUCCGGAAGUAAGCCGUAUGCUUUGGAUAAAAUACUCCUACGUUUAGCCAGCCUUUCAGCUAGCUUCCUCAAAAGGUCAAAUGCCAUACUGACAUUGGCGUGCGUCGUGAAAUUUGGGUAAUUUUAAGUCACGGUUCCUUAACUACCAAUCACCGAGCUCAUGGCACGGUUUUCUGAUUAAUAAUAAAAGUUGUCAUGAUUAUUCUAGAUAUUCUAGGUAUAGUUGAAAUUAUAACCUACUAAUUGGUCAACUGAACAAUCAUAUCAACUUCUAUUGAUAACUUGUGGCCCAUGCUAUAAGCUCGGUGAGUGAUAGUCAAAGAACUGUGACAUGAGUAUAAGUACCUUUUAAAGUGUCCCAAGUUACAUAAUGCACGCCAAUAACAGUAUGUCAUUUGACCUCUGAAGAAGCCAGCUGCAAUGCUGGUGAUUGGUGUAUUUAUCCAAAGAACAAAGUUUACAACCGGAAAUUUCAGAUAGUAUCAACUGUACAACUUAAAAAUUCUUACCGCGACACAGAACAAUUGAUACUUAUUUCGGUAAAGCAAUAUUACUUCGAGAGUUUCUACACUUGUUUUCACAAAUAUUGUAAUGUUAUAGAUAUUCGAAGAGAUUUAUUUUCAGCGUGAACGUAUAGAAUCGUUUUAUAACAAAUAUAUUGCUUCCUGUAUGUUCAAACGAACUGUAGCUACCUCUAC